AAUCAGAAGCCGGCUCUUCUGAAAUGUGACUUUCCUCUUCUUUUCCUUCUUCCUUAGCUGCUACGUCGCGAAAUUGAUUCCUCCCAGCUUCCUACUUUCUUCCGCCGUGCUUCCCGAUCUCCGGCUCCUACUGCCGCGAACUCACAGUAAUCGCACAAAGCACACUUCCCACCUGGCUCCUGAAAUCCGCCGGAGCCUCAGUGAUUUUGCAGGAUAAGAGAUAGACGAACAGUCGCAAGGGGAAGGAUGAAGAUCGACCUCAAUAAAAUAGCUCGCAAAGUCGAGGUGGACAGCAGGAUUCCUCUCCGGUACUAUUACAGGAUCGCCGAUAACCUCCUCCGACAGGCGACCGUGUACCGAGAUGAACGUAAUGUGGUGGAUUUGUACAUCAUGCUUCUCAGAUUCUCGAGUUUGGUCUCCGAGACUAUUCCGUUCCAUCGAGAGUACCAUAGUUGCCUUCUGAAGGAGAAGGCUAGCUAUAGGAAGAGGUUGCUUUCUGUGUUGGAGGAACUUGAAUCCUUGAAACCUGAAUUCAAUCGUCGAGUUGAGGAACUGAAUAGAGGUUACUCGAGUGUUCAAAUACGAGAACUCGAUGGCGUGGAAGAAAAUUCUUAUGGUUCUCAGUCAUCUUCACCACAGUGGCCCUCAGUGAAUAGAAGUCCAUCCUCUGGAAGGAAUGUUGCACAGCCUACCAGCAUGGUUCCUCAAUCUUCAUGGAAGAAUAAUGAUGCUCAAGCCCUUUACUCAAGUCCCUCGCCACUUGAAAAUCAAUUGCAUAAUUUAUCUAUUGGUCGGCCUGUUCCCAAUCAGGAAACUUUGUCUAGGCACUCACUCUUGGGACCAAACGGCCUUCGUGCUGAAUGGCGCCCACCUACUGCGGCAAUAAAGGUUCAGUAUCCUAGCCACGCUGACUUAGCCUCUUCAGAGGAUACAAGCUUAAACCAGGCUGGAGAAUAUGGCAGUGUGCCAGUUAAGAAGAAUGAUUCUGGUGCUGUUAUGGAUUCCGUUCUUUCCUUGGAUGAUGGUAGAUGGAUACACCCUGCUGAGGAACCCGGAAACACAUUAGUUCACGAGGCAAAGGAAGAUCCUUUUCAGUUUGUUGGUAUUAGGCAACCGUCCCCUCCUCCGGUUCUUGCUCGAGUGCAACAUGAAUAUGCUCAAAUUGCACCAUCUAAAGUUGCCGACCCACGACCCGGUCCAGCACCUUCUCAGGAUGGCAUGUCUGGCCCUAAUUCGUACCAAGAUGUGCAUGUUGUAUGUCCAAUAUGCUCCUAUGAAUAUGAUGCAAGAUUUCUUAAGAUUGGCCCGGGCAAAUACAGAGAAGAAUCUAGAGACAUGUGGUGUUCUGGCAGGAGCGCUGGUAAGGGAAAAGCAAUGCAUGAGUCACCCUGGAUAUUUGUUUCAGCAGCUCUUUAUAUACUUGCUUCCUGUGCUGUAGAAAAACAGGGUGUUCCACAUCAGCAUGCUUAUCAUCCCAAAGCAAGAGUCAACUUCAGAUUCGGUAUAUGUCAGACAUUAAAUGAAGAAGAAAUAUUUGACGUUCAAGACAAACUCUCGUUGUUUCCCCUUGGAUGGAUCCAUACACAUCCAACGCAAACCUGUUUUAUGUCAUCCGUCGAUCUGCACACACAUUACUCUUACCAGAUAAUGUUACCCGAAGCAAUCGCCAUAGUCAUGGCUCCAACCGACGAAUCGAGGUAGAAACAUUGUUUUCUUAUUUUCCACACCCACACGGAAUAUUUCAUCUAUCAGACCCAGGAGGAGUAUCUGUGAUCCGCAACUGCCAGCAAAGGGGUUUCCACCCCCAUGAGGAGCCCUUGGAUGGAAACCCCAUCUACGAGCAUUGCUCCCACGUCUACCUCAACUCUAAGAUGAAGUUCGAGAUCUUGGAUCUUCGAUAAUGCAAACUACACUUGCUCUCGAUGCUGUUGGUCAUGGUACAUAUAACAUUUUAUCUCAAUCAGCUCUGUAAAUACAAUUGCUUUUUUUUUUUUAUCCUUUCUCGGAGACAUUCACUUCCAUAGCUCCGUGUAUAUAGGCUAGUGUACGCUCCGCCGAGACGUACUGAACACAAGCCCCACAUUCGAAUGCGUGGGGCGGUUUUCAUGAUCAUGGGUUGCGGGGUAGGCAACCAGUCGGUUCUCGCUGAACCGAGUUGAUCCUUGAGUUGAAUCGAGCCGGAUUGGAUAUAAUUAAACUGCGUUUCGUUUGUUUGUUUGUUUCGAUCAGACAGUAUGCCCCUUUCCCGGUCUCCUCUCCGGCGAGGACCACGUAGUGAAGAUAUGACGAAGGUGAUCAAAAGGUUAGGAGGAGGAGGUGGCGGCCCAUUGCGCAAGUUGCCAAUGAAUGCCAUGCAAUGGGCAUAUAGGGUACUACAACGACGGUGAGCCUUUAAUUGCUGCUGUGUAGUGUGAAUACUACUACCCUUUCUUUGGAGAACCGACCUACAGAGAAGAGACCUUUACUUUACAGGCCCAGCCGUCUUAAUUCCUGGGGCACAUUAAAUCUCUAGCUUGAUUCGUACCUCGGUGGCGGAAUAAAAACCUUUUAUGUGGAUCCGAUCACCAGCUAGUUAGAGAGUGAGAGUGUCGUCAUAUCUGUUUGACUUGACUUUUCGACGAAAAUGACAAAUUUGAAAUUUGUCGAUUUCUCGACGGGGGGGGGGGGGGGGGGGGGGGAAGCGCGACGUUGGCGGGUAAUGUGCGGAGGGGGAGAAGAGGUGCCGAAUUUGCACAGUUCCCUGACGGCAGCACUCUUUGCUGUUUUGCUUCACACCCCAAAUCCUCCUCUCCGGUGCCAAAAGCAAAGUUGUCCUUUGUCUCGUAAUGGCAAACAUUUCACCGUCAUGCCGACGAGAUUAUUAGCAGUUUUUUUUUUUUUUUUUACUUGAAGGGGUCAUAUCACAAUGUAUCCAUACACGGCAACUUCUUGAUUGAAAAAAGGGGUGCCCUCAGGCAUUGAUUUUAUAUUUUCACGAACCAUGAUACAAGGUUUAGCGAGUGAUUCACGUGGCUAGUGGUGGGCUAGCUAAGCUGAAGGAGUGAGUGCCGGUCGGGAAACCUUGUACAGACCCGCGAUACCAU